CUGUGACUUCCUGGACACGGCUCAGUAUCGUGUGUCUGCCCUCAACAUAAAGGGGGAGAGCUCCUCCGUGGCCACUGUGGUUAUCAAGAGGUUCCAGGAGGGACAGACAGUGGGAAGUCUUGAUUCUAAACCACAUGGGUUCUGCUCUGAGCACGGCGUGACCUUUGAGACAGCCAUCAUAGACUCGUUUGAGGUGGCGUUCGGCCGGGAGGGAGAGACUCUAAGUCUGGGCUGCACCAUCAUCGUCUACCCCACCGUUAAACGCUACCAGCCUGAUGUCCUCUGGUACAGAGAUGGCAAGGCCCUGGCAGAGUCCAAGUGGGUCCACACCCACUGGAGUGGAGAGAAAGCCACCCUGACACUGGUCCAUCUUAACAAGGAGGAUGAAGGACUCUACACCCUGAGAGUCAACACCAAGUCUGGCUUCCAGUCCUACUCCGCUACGUCUUCGUCAGAGUUCAAAUGGCAGAUGGCAGAUUGGCAGAUUGGCAGAUUGGCAGUGGCAGUGUAA